GACAUUUUGCUCCGUCGCGAGCCAAGCGAAUUCAAAACCCUCGUCUCCGGCGGCGGCGGCGACGGCGAGGCGGCGGAGAUGAACGUGUUCGCGGGGGUGGGCGGGGGCGCGGCGGGGAAGGAGGCGGGGACGGUGGGCGGCGGGGCGCUGCUGGAGCUGACGCCGCACAAGCUGGCGCUGUGCCACCUCGUGCAGGUGUUCGCGCCGCCGCCGCAGGCCGGGGUCUCGGCCCCCGCGCUGCCCUUCCCCUUCGAGUCCGUCGCCCACCACAACCGCCUCGGCCUCUUCCUCUUCGCCCUCACCCGCUCGUGCGAGGAUUUUCGGGAACCUCCACUGGAAGAGCUUCUAAGGCAGCUGAAGGCAGUUGAUGCUUUGGUUAAUGGCUGGCUCUGUGAGCAGCUUACAAGUACCCUUUCAGCGCUUACUUCACCGGAUGAUCUGUUCAACUUCUUUGAUAAGCUACGAGGCGUUCUGUCUGCGCCAGAAGGUGCAAAUGUGGAAGACGAAUUUCUGGAUCCAAAUAGUCAGCUUGGAGUUUUUCUUCGUUGCUGUAUACUUUCCUUCAAUACAAUGACCUUUGAGGGUGUCUGCCAUCUUUUGGCAAAUCUUGUGGAGUAUUGUAACUCCGCUGACACCUCAUACGACUUGGCAGAAGAUGAGGACUUCAACAGUGAAAUGGAAAUGAGCAACUUCAUGGAUACAAAUAUGCAUGUUAGAGAUGGUGUAUUUGACAAAUACAAUCAAGGUUAUGCCCCUAGGAGCCAUAUGGUAGACAGCUCGUCAUCUCUAGUACAUGCUCCAGCCUCACUCCAUGAUUUUGAGGAAGCUAAUAUGUUCAAGGCAGAUGAUAACCUGGGUCCAACUUGUCUGAGGUCAAGAUGGCAAUUAGAGGCAUAUCUUAACCAACAAGCUGAUAUUCUUGAGAAGGAUCCUAGUUCGGUGCCUUUGAAUUCAUUUAAUGCUACUAUGAGUCAACUUCAGAAAUUAGCUCCAGAGCUCCAUCGUGUCCAAUUUUUGCAGUAUUUGAAUGCUCUUACCCAUGAUGACUACGUUGCUGCAUUAGAUAAUCUUCACCGCUAUUUUGAUUACAGUGCAGGGAUGCAAGGACUUUUCAGUCGUACCGCGUCUCCAUUCCAAGAUAUUAUAGUUGGGAAGUAUGAGAGUGCUUUGCUCUGCUUAGGUAACUUGCACUGUUAUUUUGGACAUCCGAAGAAAGCCUUAGAGGCAUUCACAGAAGCAGUGCGUGUUUCCCAAAUGAACAAUGAUGAUUCAUGCCUGGCCUAUAUAUUAGGAGCUAUUUCCAAUCUGUUAUCAAAGAUAGGCAUGUCAAGCACAGUUGGAACAAUUGGUUCUCCUUAUUCACUUGGAAAUAACAUCGGAUUAGGCACACCGCUGUCCAUUCAGCAACAGCUGCUUGUUCUUUUAAAGAGAUCACUUAAGCGAGCUGAUACCUUGAAACUUACAAGCUUGCUGUCCUUUGAUCACCUUUCUCUUGCAAAAUUUGAUCUGAAGCAUGUCCAAAGGCCUCUGGUGUCCUUUGGCCCUAAUGCUUCCACAAAGCUUAGAACAUGUCCUGCAGAUGUCUGCAAGAAUUUGAGAUUAAGUUCACGUGUGUUGACUGACUUUGGCACAGAUGGCUUAUCAGCAUCAAAUGAUAAUGGUAGUUUUAGUACUUCAUGGCUUAGGAAUCUGUCUGCUGCUUCUAAUUCUUGGUGUAGCAGCUCGAAAAAAUCUGGAAAACUACUUACGAAUGACUUCGACAAUUUCCAUUUUCAUGCACAACCAAGUCCUAUACCUGCAUCAGUAUUGCAAUUAGCUGGCUCAGCUUAUUUGCUGAGGGCCACUGCUUGGGAACACUACGGGAGUGCUCCGAUGGUUCGAAUGAAUUCGUUGGUCUAUGCAACCUGCUUUGCUGAUGCUGCAAGUUCAUCAGAGCUGUCGCUAGCAUAUGUCAAGCUAAUUCAGCAUUUAGCAACUUUCAAAGGGUAUUCAGCGGCAUUCUCUGCUCUCAAGCUUGCUGAAGAGAAGUUCCCGUUGUCAGCAAAUUCACAUAUCCAGCUUCUUAAAAUGCAAUUAUUGCACGAGCGUGCUCUGCAUCGAGGACACCUGAAAGUUGCGCAACAGAUCUGUGAUGAGUUUGCUGUGUUGUCAUCUUCUGUUAGUGGAGUCGACAUUGAGCUCAAGACAGAAGCUAGGUUACGGCAUGCUCGCACGCUUCUUGCCGCAAAACAAUUUAGUCAGGCAGCAAAUGUGGCAAAUUCUCUUUUCUCUACUUGCUACAAGUACAACAUGCAGGUGGAGAAUGCAAGUGUUCUUUUAUUACUUGCAGAGAUACAGAAAAAUUCUGACAAUGCAGUCCUUGGGCUUCCUUACGCAUUAGCUAGUCAAUCAUUCUGCAAAUCAUUUAACUUAGAUCUGCUUGAAGCCUCGGCUACACUAACUCUUACUGAAUUAUGGCUGGCUCUUGGAUCAACCCAUGCAAAGAGGGCCUUGAGUCUUGUUUGCCAAAGCCUUCCAAUGAUCCUUGGUCAUGGUGGACUUGAGCUGCGCGCUCGAGCUCACAUAGUUCUUGCAAAAUGCUAUCUGUCCGAUCCAAAAUUCUCAGUUUCCGAAGACCCUUCUGCUGUUCUAGAUCCUCUGAACCAAGCUGCGGAAGAUCUGGAGGUUUUGGAGUACCACGAAAUGGCGGCAGAAGCAUACUACCUAAAGGCAAUGGUCUACAACAAUCUAGGAAAACUGGAUGAGAGGGAGGAAGCUGCAGCUUCUUUCAAGGAGCACACACUCGCCCUUGAAAACCCAUAUAACGAAGAGGAUUCACUUGCUUGCUGAUACUAUCAACUGAAAUGGCAAGCUCAGCUCCCGUUUGUCCAGCAGAAUGCCUUGCUGAGAAGAAGAAGGCGGCGUCAGCAGAUCGGUGGUGCAUCCAUGGAUGAUUGAUCAGUCUACAUAUGCCCCCUGUGCAUGCAUUGGUUGCAUUACGAGCCCAACCAAAUGGCUACAUGGAAAGUCGGAAACGAUCAGCAUCUGAUGUUAAUUUGCUAGCUGCUGCAAUCCAAUCGCACUUUCAUUUUCAUCCUUUUUCUUUUUGCCAAGCUACUACUGUACAUACAUGCCAUGGUUUGGUUUGAUAAUUUGACAAGAUAUGAUGGCCAUGGCUACUGUCCUGCUGACAACUACUGGACAUAUAUAUGCGUGUUGAUGAUGUUCUUGUACGUUUCGUACCUUUUGUUAGUGGCACAUGCUCAUAUUAUGCGUUACGCUCAUGUAAAUAUUUUCGAUCCAUACAUAUAUAUAUUCUCGAUCGCUACUUUCCUUUCUGUCUCAA